AUGAAAUGCCCAGAGACUAGCAUGAAAUACGCAGGCGUCUGCUUAGAAAGCGACGAUGAUGAAGAAGUGCAUCCAAAUAUAGACGAAAAAAGCUUCAGGGAGUGGAGGAGGCAGCAGAGGCAGCAGAAAAGAGAAGAACUUCAGAAAAGACUCGACGAAAUAAAUGCAAUCGACACGCACGACGAGAACGUUGAAGCAGAAAAGAAAGAGAUACAGGAAAUACUGAAGCCACGCUAUGUGUGUGUGGACUCUGGAUCAUUUACGAUUUCUGAGUCUCAAGAGGAAAGAGACUACUCUGCAGAGCUUGAGCAUCUAGUACGAAAUUGCAGUCUGGACAGCUUCAUCACCAUGAUGGACACAAAAAUAAUCGAUAUGGAGGAGUUUGAGUGUUUGGUGCUGCAUAACCUUGCUGAACAAAUCAAGGAAGGAAACGAUUUUGGCGGUGUUAUCCUCUCCAAGCUGUCUCUGUAUGUAAGAUAUGCACGCUCACACGGGAGAGAGUUCCUUGAAAAGCUGCGUGCACAGCUUACAAAUGCAAGACUAAAGAGGCAGUUUGAAGAAGACUGCGCCAAGGAUUUCGAGGAGACAAAGAAAAUGUUCCUCAAUCAGUUUGGCACACUCAACUCCACACAUGCAAGUACAUCUUGA